CGGCGUCAAGCUGGGUGGGAGGGCUGAUUGCUGAUUGCUGAUUGCCGAUUGUUUAGUCGGUCAUAACUCGUUCGCCGGAUGCACAUGCGGAUGGGGAUGGGGAUGGGGGGACAACGCCUGCGGCUGUUGCUGUUGCUGAUGGUUCUCGGCUCGAGGGGAUUGGAAUCAUUGGACAUGCCCGAGUGGGGUAUGUUGAGCCAGCCAGCCAGCCAGUGCGCAGUGGAUUCAGCUGGUGAUCAAGAAGCACACGGUGGGGACUGGGGGCAGGUUCAGCCUUCAGCCUUUGCUCGGCAGCAAUGUAUGUACUCGAGUAGAGUAUAGGUGUAGUAAGUAGACUGUAGGUACCUGUGUA